CCACCGCGUCGAGGGGCUUCCUCCGCCAGGUCCCCCUCGCGCGUCCCGAAGGGUUUGUGAUGGGGUAUCGCCCAGGCGACGGGCUCCGCACCAAGAUGGCGGAGGAAAAGGACGCGGAAGGAACAGAGGCAGUGGUUGCAGAUCUUCAUAAGAAGAUCAAAGAGGCAUUCGAAGUGUUUGACCAUGAAUCAAAUAAUACAGUAGAUGUGAGAGAGAUUGGGACAAUUAUCAGGUCAUUGGGAUGCUGCCCGACUGAAGGAGAGCUACAUGAUUUCAUUGCAGAGGUAGAGGAAGAAGAACCUACUGGAUACAUUCGAUUUGAAAAAUUUAUUCCAGUGAUGACCAGAGUACUUAUGGAAAGAAAAUACAGACCAAUUGCUGAAGAUGUCCUUCUGCGAGCUUUCGAGGUUUUGGAUCCUGCUAAACGUGGGUUUCUGACUAAGGAUGAGCUGGUCAAGUACAUGACUGAGGAAGGCGAGCCUUUUUCUCAAGAGGAAAUGGAAGAAAUGUUGUCUGCUGCAAUUGAUCCCGAAUCAAACGCCAUUAAUUACAGGGACUACAUAACAAUGAUGGUGAUAGAUGAAAACUAAAUGCUCCAAAGACGUCUUUUUUCUCCUUUUAAGACAACUGUAAACAUUCAAUUUCUAAUUGAAAGGAUACUUUGAAAAA